CUUAUUUUUUUAGCAUUUAACAAUUGGCAAACAAACGACGUAAGUAGCAGAAAAUCAUUCGGUGGGAAAAACUAGCAGUUGCUGUCUCCCGCUUACGGCAAGCAAGCGCCAACGAACCCCAUCAAUAUUCACGAGAAGUACGGACCUGACCCCGCCAGCUGCUUCGUGGCAGCGGACGAGAACUGUGCCCAACCCGAGAAUACUGACGCAUAGCAGCGUUAACGCUUAGACUACGUUUAGUUCCAGCCAGCGGCAUACCAAAUAGCAGCAAACAGCAGCCAGUAUGAUGGGCAGUACGAGAUACACACAGACCGCCGACAAGUUGGUGCUGGCCUUGCUCGCCGCCGCCGCCCUUCUGCAGUGUGCUGCCGGGGUGGAGUUCACCUUCGAUUUGGCCGACAAUGCGGAGGACUGCUUCUACGAGGAGAUCAAGCGCAAUACCAGCGCCUAUUUCGAAUUCCAGGUGUCGGCCGGCGGGCAGCUGGAUGUGGAUGUCCAUCUGAAGGAUCCACAGGGCAAAGUCAUUUACAAGCUGGAGCGUGCCACCUUCGAUAGUCACCAGUUUGUGGCCGAGACAACGGGCGUAUACACGGCCUGCUUUGGCAACCAGUUCUCAGCCUUUUCACACAAAAUCGUCUACGUGGACUUCCAGGUGGGCGACGAACCAGCCCUACCCGGCGUCGAUGAGCAUGCCACGGUCCUCACCCAGAUGGAGACCUCGUCGCAGGCGAUACACAAGGGACUCAACGACAUACUCGAUGCGCAGACGCAUCAUCGAUUGCGCGAGGCGCAGGGCCGCAAGCGAGCCGAGGAUCUCAACCAGCGCGUCAUGGUCUGGUCAUCUCUGGAGACGGCGGCCGUUGUCCUGAUCGGCAUCACCCAGAUUAUGGUGCUGCGCAACUUCUUUACGGACCGCAAGCCCAGCCAGGCGCACUACGGCCGCCUGUAAGAGACGGGCCUCCAUCAAAAGACGGGGCGCACGGCGAGCGCCGGCACGGUCAACGCCUAGCCAGGAGCGAGGAGGAGUGUGAGCUGAGGGCUGUGAGUGCAUCAUCCAAGAGUGCAUCAUAAAAUAACCAUUUCUCUCAAUUUAAAUUCUUGCGAUAAGUGCUCUCGUUGCCUUGGCGCCUUAUCCACAAAUGUAUCCAUUAUCCAUUCCUUUUGGGCCUUUCUUCUGCUUUUGCGUGGUGCAGCCCUGCCCCCCGUUCACCGUACACUGAAUCGCAACGACAUGUAAUAGUUUUUGUUGUUUGUCCCCCACCCGGAAACAGAAUGUUUUUUUUUAAAUAUAUGCAAUCCACAAUUCGAUAGCAAAAAGAGGA